CCGGGUCCCAGCACACGCACACACCCACACACACUCACACAGCUGCGGCGCAGGAGGCUCCACACUGAGCGCGGCUACUGUCGGAGCAGACCGGUGAUACAGCAAAACCAAGGACAACAUCGUGGAACUCAAAUGGGACGGAUUAAACCUUCUUACGCCACCGCUUAGUGACCGAAUUGGGGACGUACGUCACGGCCGCCACGGAUGAAAGGUGGCUCGCUUCUUCAUUGUUUGGAGGAUUGAAAGCUAAAAACGUCUCGGUGUAGCUUGUGAUGGAUACUCCGAGCUAGCUAGCCUACCUUACUUCUUCUCGGGCUAGCAGCAACACCCCGACAUUAGCUCCUCGGCGUGGCACUUUACUCGGCGUCCACGCGUGUGUUUGUUGUAGUCUACGAAAUGUUUGUUUGCUAGCCAUAAAAACCACAAAAAGUGGACACGCCGGCACAUUGCAACUGCUACCAGCUGACGCUAGCUCGCCAGCUACACGUAAAGCGGCCACCAGCUUUCUUGCCACGCUUAGCCUUUAAUCGUGCAUGAGUGGCCGUCGGUUAUACAUGCAACUUUGAACUCUUCUUGAUAGUUCCCAGGGACCAUUUAAAAAUAUUCAAAUAGUGCUUUUUGGGCUGCGUUUUUGCCAAAACGGCGGCGUCAACUUUGUCACAUACUGCCAGAGACCGACUACCCCCCCGGAUAUUCUUGCAAUGCAUCAUCCGGACCCCACCGGAGACUCUGGCGGUGUUCGAAAGAUGGUCUUCCACAGGAGGGGCAGCAACACCGGCGGCGGGAGCGGCUCCACGCUGUCAACACCGGCGGUCGCCAACAGCCACGGCUCGGCUGCAGAAGAAUACCAGACCUCCCUGUUGAUCCAGUGCCAAACUCCUGCUGGUUCGUCCUCCCCGGGACCUCACCACCCUCCUUCCCACAGCCUGAAUCUGCAUUCGCAGGCCACGCAGUCCGCUGGGGCUCAGAUGAAAAAGAAGAGCGGCUUCCAGAUUACAAGCGUGACCUCCGCACAAAUAUCUGUGAGUACCAACAACAGUAUUGCAGAAGACACAGAGAGCUAUGAUGACCUGGAUGAGUCCCACACGGAGGAUUUGUCAUCCUCGGAAAUCAUGGAUGUGUCUCUUUCCCGAGCCAAUGACGUAGUCGGUGCGGAGAGAAGCUCCUCUGAGGAGACCCUGAAUAAUUUCCAUGAGGCUGAAACUCCAGGACUGUUGUCUCCAAACCAGCCUUCGCACCUCCAUUCCCUGAAUCAAGCUCCACCGCAUGGGGGAGGUAUGGUAAAUGGGACUGUGCAUCGUCAUCCUCCUCAAAACCAUGGCCAGGCCUACCCGCUGUCUUCUGGGCCUGUGAGCACCUCGUCCACCCUUGCCUCUGUCACUCAAAAAAUGCCUUCUAAUGCCGGGGUCUCUCAAGAGAUCUCUGCAAAUAUGGUCUCUCAGCCUGUGGGCGUAGUAGGCCUGGGACCUGCUCCUGCAAUGCUUAGCUCUGCUACAGGCGCUGCAGUUAGUAUAGUUAAUCCCCAGACCAGCAGUGUUAGUAAUGUGAAUAUGUUGAGCUCCGCCAACGUGCCUGUGAGGGGGGGAAUAAGUGCGAGUGCUAACAGCAAUGCGAAAAGUACUGCUGGUGGCGGAGAUGGUUCUGCAUCCGGGGGAAACCUAAAGACAAACGCCAAUAAUAGCAUGAAUCAGCUACAACAAAAUCUCAACUCGCACAUCACUUUUAGUGCUACAAACACUUCUGUUGUUACUGUUGCCAGUGCCUCUGGAGGGCCAGGUCUCUCAAGUGGGAUUCAGACUAGACAUGGGUCUGCUGUGCUGCAGUCCAUGAGUACCCCUGUUACCGUUGCCGCCAUUCCUGCCCAACCUGCCCCAACUCCUGCACCGGCUGUCGCUACCACCAGUUCUCGCUUCAGGGUGGUGAAGUUGGACUCAAGUUCUGAGCCCUUUAAAAAGGGAAGAUGGACAUGCACUGAAUUCUAUGACAAAGACACCCCGAACUCUGUCACUUGCUCAUCGACGUCUGAUGCGGGCUCUGGCGGCAUGCGGCAGUUUGUCUCUGAGAACUUUGUUGGGUGCUCAGAGAGAGAAAGCACAAGUAGUAGCUCCGUGAGUAGUACUUUAAGUACAGUGAGCCAUUAUAUGGAAAGUGUUGGCAGUGGAGAGGCUGGGGGACCCUCAGUUGCUCAACAUGCACAGGAUUAUGCCUCCCCUCCUCAGGGUUUCCAAGCAAUCAUCCCCUGUGGGCUAAGUAUGGGUGUGUCUCACACUCAACCUCACAUGAACCCUCAAGACAUCACCCAUUCACAUAUCAAGGCUAGCAUGGCUUCCUCAAACAAUAACCAGCCUGUACCCAUGCCCGGCCACCCGAUCACCAGUGGACUGCCUUUGCCCCACCUACCCCAGCAACAGCUCACCUACGCGCAGGCAGUUGCAAAUCAGCCCACAGGCUCCACACAGGGCUUAGUGAGUGUUCAACCGCACCAGCUUGGCUAUGCUCCUCUCACCCAGCCUCCAUGUGCAGCGCCAGUGCAGAUGAGACCCCCUGAGUAUAGCCAGCCACAUCAAGCUCUUUUGAACCAAGGUGUACCAAGUUCUUCUGGGCAACCUAAUGGAGGAUGCCAGGUGAUGGGAGGCCUGCAGCAGUCACAGACACUCCUCCAAAGUCAGCCACAGCAACCCUCAUCUCUUCAGGCCACCACCUCCAAUACAUCUUUUCAUGUUGGAGUAGCAGGUCAACCGCCUCCUAGCCACAGUUCCCAUUUGGAUUGCCUGCAACAGCAACCACAGUCCCUUCCGACACAAAUCCAGAACCUUGGUGUCUGCGCCCAGUUGCCCACUACAAUUCAGAACCAGGUGUCUGCAGCCGGUGUGCCUCCAUCCAACCCUCCGAUUGAUCACCAGGCCCAAGUUCUUAACGUUGGUAGCAAUAGAAUGCACUCACAAGGUGUCCCCCAGAGUGUGUCCCAUGACCUAAGCAGUGCCCAGGCCCUGGCUCUGGCCCAUGCUGCUCAAGCUAGUGCCCUUUAUGCUAGUCUGCCCACCUUCACAACCACUGAGCUCCAGGAUGCUCAGCGACUCCUCCUCCAGUAUCCAUCAGCUCUAUUAGGAUUGCCGAAGUGUUCCGGAGGAGACCCAGGAUCAGGAUCAAGUACUGGCCAGAAUCAAGAAGCUGAAGGCAACGCUGCCAUUGCCAGUGCCUUAACUGCUUCAGCUGGCCUCAAGACUCUGGAUGGAGAGGAGGAUGGGUAAGAGAAUAUUGUUUUU